AUGAUAAAACCGAGACUGGAGGUCUUAUUCAAGGAUAAUAUGCUCCUUGUUGUGAAUAAGAUACCUGGAAUGCUCAGUCAAGCUGGUUCACACAGUCGGCUAUCGAUUGAAAAUUAUCUGGAAGAUCUCAAAUAUGACUACGAUGUACUCCCGAAACCUUUACAUAGACUCGAUUACAACACUUCAGGAUGCCUGAUGCUUGGUAGGACAUCUCGAGCAGCCAAACAAUUCAGUAGCGCACUAGCUAACAAUAGAGUAACAAAAGAAUACUGGGGAUUGGUUUCUAAUCUCGAUAAAGUGUAUGAGAAUGAAGGUACGAUAACACAUCCAAUUGCACUCUCCAGUUCUGGUAGACCGUACUUGGGAGGAGAACAGAAAGCUCACACUCGCUGGCAAAUACUGCGACACGAUCCUAUCACUCGAACUGGAUUAUGCAGAUUCAUAAUACAAACUGGUCGCAAGCAUCAGAUAAGACUACACGCAUCAGAAGCUCUUAAACUUCCUAUCAUUGGUGACGCAUUAUAUGGAGAAGGCAAACAAUCGGAUGUUUUGUACUUGCAUGCCCGUUCGUUAGCGUUUGAAAGGUUCUAUAAAAGCAGUUCCGGUAAAGCCUACAAAAGUCAAGUCAAAGUUGAAGCACCAGUACCGCGUGAAUGGACAAAGAAAAUGCUUGAAUGUAAAUUUGAUGAUUUUGUUGAUAACAACUCCCUCAAGGGAUUUGGUUUGUCUUGA